CGGAGCAGCCCGCAUGGAGCGCCAGCCGUGCACCCCGGCGGCCGCCCCCGCCGCCGCCGCGCUCUUCUCCUGGGGUGCAAAUAGCUAUGGACAACUUGGCCUUGGUCAUAAGGAAGAUGUUUUUUUGCCCCAGAAACUGAAGGACUUCUGUAAACCUGGACAUAUCAAGAAGAUCACAGGAGGAGGAGGCCACUCUGCAGUUGUCACAGAUGGAGGAGGCCUUUUUGUUUGUGGCCUGAACAAAGAUGGGCAGUUAGGUCUUGGUCAUACAGAGGAUGUUCUGUAUUUUACUCUCUGCAAAUCCCUCCUUGGCUGUCCUGUCCAGCAAGUGGCCUGUGGCUGGGAUUUUACUAUUAUGCUCACAGAAGGAGGUGAAGUUCUGUCAUGUGGAUCUAACUUGUUUGGCCAGUUGGGAAUUCCUCAUGGGCCUCGAAGAUGUGUGGUUCCCCAGAUCAUUGAGCUCCUGAGAGAGAAAGUUGUUUGGGUUGCUGCAGGACUGAGGCAUGCAUUAGCUGCUACAGUGAGUGGCAUUGUGUUCCAGUGGGGAACUGGUUUGGCAUCUUCUGCACGACGGCUGUGUCCUGGGCAGGCUCUUCCAUCGUUUUUGACAGCAAAGGAACCGAGCAGAGUGACAGAUCUGGAGAGUUCUAAAGCAACAUGUGUUCUUGCUGGCUCAGACCAUUCUGCUUCAUUAACAGAUGCAGGAGAGCUGUAUGUUUGGGGACGUAACAAGCAUGGGCAACUGGCUACCCAGGCUGCUUUCCUUCUUCUACCUCAGAAAAUAGAAGCACAUUGGUUUCAGAAUGAAAAGGUCACUGCCGUCUGGAGUGGGUGGACACAUCUGGUUGCUCAGACAGAAAGUGGCAAGGUAUUUACCUGGGGCCGAGCAGAUUAUGGUCAACUGGGGAGGAAGUUGGGAUCUAAUGGAGGCCAGAAACUAGAAAAGCAAGAUUCAUCCCUCUCCUGCUUCCGAUCACCGAACAACACACCUUCACCUCUGCAUUGCCUAACUGGAGCAGCUGAGAUCUCUUGUGGCUCAGAACAUAAUUUGGCAGUAAUUGGUGGAGCAUGUUACUCCUGGGGCUGGAAUGAGCAUGGCAUGUGUGGUGAUGGCACUGAAGUCAAUGUCUUAACCCCAAAGCCUGUGCAGAUUCUGCCGUCAGCAGCAGGACUCCUUGUGGGCUGUGGGUCUGGCCACUCUCUGGCCCUCUGUCAGCUACCAGCACACAGUACACUGGGACAGGACUACAAAGUCACCCACGCUUCCCCAGAUGCCACUAAGGACACCAGCUCUCAGGAAGCUGUGGACAAAGAGGGCAGCUGCAAGGAAAGACAAUCAGGAUCUCCCCCCCAAAGCCAACCAGACAGGUCCAGAAAUGGGGGGCUAUGACAGAGAACUUUUAAUAAAGGACCUUUGCCCAUCCAAAGUUUUACCAGAGAAUCACUUUAUUAGGGCAUGGUGUUGGCUUGAAAAGGGUACAAAAAGCCCAAAUGGUUGGGGUUUCUACAAACCAAAUCACUAAUAGGCUGCUUGCAUAAGGUCCAGGCUCAAGAAAAAACAAAAACAAAAAACAUUUUUCUAUUCAGGAUGUGAAUGAGGGGCUAGAUCUUCACCAAAGGAAAAAAAAAUGUGGAAAGCUAAGACUAGAGCGAAGAAGCCUUUUGCUUUCUGGGGUAAACAGAAAACCACUCCUAGCCCAUGGUGGUUCUGGUCCGAUAGCCUUUGACUCAGCAAGACAGAGGGCCCUAGGCCACUCAAAGCAGCCAUGAAUCUCUGGGCCCAUAGCUUAUAGUUUCCUGUUUUAAGAUACUGAGAUGCUGAGCUUUGGAAAGGAAAAUAUUCUUGUCUUUAAUGACUAGGCUCAAGGGAGAAGACUGUGGAGCUGAGAAGUGUGAGGGGGGUGUGAGAAUUAUUGGGGAAAAUGGAUAAGACUUCAGAAAGACACAUCAGAGGAGAUUCUAGCAUAGACAAAAAAGUCUAGAACCAAUGAAACUGUCAGAUGAUUUAUGUCUUCUGGCAACCAGACAAGACUCUGGAGCUACUUGUACGACUAUGUUGAAGUCUAUGAUGGCUUGGCUCCAGUGGCUUUAGGAAAUUGCAUAAUCCCAGGACUUCAAAGCUGAAGAGCCCCUAAUCACCACUAAACCUCUAGAGGUCUUGAGUCUUAGGGGUAUCCUGCAAAUUCUGUGGCUACCUUGUAGAUUCUUAAGAAGGGAGGCCAAGUAGACAACUGCAUUUCUACCUUCUUGAAGACAACUUUAGUCCUCUUGCUACUCAACACCUCUCCCAAGGCCUAUUUGUGAGCAUCAGAAAGAAGUGUCUCAGCACUUCUUCACAACCUAAAACAGGGUGAGGUCUCUUGGUAUAUCAACCCUAAGCCCUAGAUCUGGAACCUAAACUCUUAGCUCAGUCAGAUCAUUAUUGGAGCAGGUAUGAUGCAGAUGGUCUAUAUGUGGAAGAGUGAGUGGAUUUUGGCACUUGGAGUCCCUAUAGACCAUCCCAUUACCUCAAGUUCCUCCAUUUUACCCUUCUGUACAGAGUAUAGACAGAAGGUCUUUACCCAGGUCACUUUACUAGCUGGCUUUGUUAAGUGUCAUAUGAUAAGUAAGAAGGUAUUGAUAUUAACAAGUGUCUCCUAGAAUUUUUUUUCUCCACCCCUUGAUUGUUACUGGUUAUUCUCAGACUUUGCAGAUGUCAAAUCCCCAUUCCUAACAAAAAUCAAGGGACGGGGCUUGGUCAGUUUGGGAACCCACUCACCAAGUGCCCAAUAUAUAAACACAUGUUCCUCCCUGAGGGACUUCAUCAGGUAGAGAGGUUGAAUCAGUGCGCUCUCCUACCAUAGUUCACACUUAUCUUCUGUUUUAUCCCACUUACAAAUGUUUGAGAGCCAUGCUGUUAGUCUCUUAGCCACUGUCCAGUUCAUGUCAGUACCAUCCAUCUCUAGGCUCAUUAGAGACAUAGGAACUAACUUGAGAAAAUACCCAGUCAUUAAAAAAAAUAUUUUUCCUGAUCAACUGAAUUACCUUCAUAAUUCUCCUGGAUAAGAAGGAAGAAAGGGAAGAGAGGCAUGAACUGCCUAUGUGCCUUGGCCAUCGAGUGAUAGUUGAAUGGCGAAAGUGAAAAAAACUGGUGGAAAGUCUCCAUAUGUACAGCCGUCACUCUCCCCUCCUGAUCGCAGGUACAUCUUCCCUGGCAUCUUCACCACCUCUGUCCUUGUGGGCAGUGAGGUUCCUCUGAUGAUGAACUGGUAAUGUAGGAAUGAUGGAUCCCGGUGUGUGGCUCCAAAUGAGGCCCUCCCACCAUGCCCACAGCAUCUCCCACUUCUGAUUGAAGGUGGCUUCGUUGUCAUUGUGAAGUUAAGUUAGCAAUCAAAGUUACUGGAGCAGUGUGUCAGAGGGAGGGCGAUUCAGAUUAAGGGUGACUGGAGUAUCCAGGGAGAUGGGUGUGUGGAAGGAGGUUAGGGAGGCUGAUAGCCUCCUUGUCAGCCAGUUGAAGGGGAUCUGGGUGGGAAACUUGAAACAAGAUGUGAGUUGGCCCCUUCUGCCAAACCCAUGGUACCAUAAGGAGGAGGGCAGGAGACUAAAUCCUGGGGCUUCUGAGAUUUAGUACCAGCAAGUCUAGUCUUCCUGUUAAUCCCACCUCUUAGCACCAGUCACAGGAACUCUCAGUUAGUAAGGGACAGCUUAGUCUGGUCUGGUUAACUAGACCACCUGGGUUAAUAUCCUGACUUCAUCCUUCAUUGGCUAUGUGGCACUGGGACACUUUACCUCUCUCAUCUUGUUCUCUUGCCUCUGAAAUAGGCACAUUGAAUUGCUGUGAGCUAUCAUUAGACAAUGUUAGUAAGAUGCCUCCCCCCCACAAACAUAGUAGAUGUUCAGUGUAUAUUUUUCUCCAUUAAUUACCCUGCCCCUAGAACCCAUAUCCCAGGUGGCUUUGUGUUUUUUAGACUCCUCUUGUGCUGGUAGAUCCUUGGUUUACAUAAGGAUUACCCUUCCUGCAGUAACCAAGGCAGUUUGGCUAGUGCAUCCUUAAACUUAUAAAUGGUUAUUACAACCUCUUUAGUCACUUAACCCCUAAACAAAGGUUCCACCAACCCCAUGCUCUUGCUGCUUGGACUUCACAGGGCAAAUGUUUAAGCAGAGAUGAAAACCUGAGAUAAAAAUUCAGGACCCCCCUUAACCUCCCACCCAUCCUUCAGAUCACUGACACAGGCCACUUUGGAACUGUUAAGGGAUAUGAAAUCGGGGGAACUGAUACCCACUUGUUCAUUUUCCUGGGUAGAUUGCUCCCCUUUAUGAGCAUCAUUUAUCCCUCUGUAAAAUGAACAGAGGUUAACAGGUACCUGUGGCUUGCUCAUGCCUGUAAUCCUAGCUAUUCGGGAAGCUAAGAUCUAGGAUCAUGAUUUAGAAGCCAGCCUGGGCA